CUAGCUCCCAGUUGUACCAUAACUGUGACCACUCCCUCAGCGUAGCGACCUUCCGGGCAGGCUUGCGCCAUGCGUAUCGUGCGCCCGCUCGUGCUCACCCUUAGCGUCCUCGGUUCGUACGUAUUUGCCCAGGACACCACCAAUGUGCCCAAGCAGAAGCAUGACUACCAGGUGUGCCUCAUGGCUCUGCAUUCGGUCCUAGAUGUCUUUCUUCGCGAGCUUAUCUCGAACGCCAACGAUGCACUCGAGAAGUUGCAAAAGGUGCUUUCAGGUGCAGAGGACAUGAACAUCACGAUCAAAGCAUACAAGGACGAGGACGGGAAGGGUCGCGUUGUCAUUAGGGAUACCGGUAUUGGAAUGACCGUGGAAGAACUGACGAACAACCUCGGAACGCUCGCAAAAUCUGGCACGUCAGAGUUCCUCGCGCGAGCAGAGAGUACGGACACCACAGGCACCGGUAACCUCAUCGGCGCGUUCGGUCUCGGUUUCUACAGCAGCUUCCUUGUCGCCGAUCGUGUCUACGUCGCGUCAAUUGCUGCGAAGUCUACCAGCAAUCCCGAACCCGUUCAAUAUGUCUUCAGCUCCGGGGCCGAUGAGAGUUCAUUCGAGAUCUAUCCAGACCCUCGCGGGACCACACUUGGCAGAGGAACGGAGAUCACUCUGGUUUUGAAGGACGACGCAAUUGAGUACAUGGACGCUCAUAAGAUCACCGACUUGGUGGACAAGCACUCGUCGUUCGCCUCGACAUUUCCCAUCUACCUCUGGACAGAACGGACGGAAACUGUUGCCGAGGAGAAGCCUGCUGAGGAGACACCUGAAACUGACGAAGACGAGGCUGUUUUAGAGGACGUUACCGAGUCCGAUAAGACCCCCAAGACAAAGGAGGUCACAGUGGAAGAAUGGAUCCACAUGAACUCGCAGCCGCCGAUCUGGAUGCGGGACCCCAAGGCGGUGACGGAUGAGGAGUACGAGAGCUUCUAUGCAGCGACCUUCAAGGACUACCAGAAGCCACUUGCAUGGGACCACUUCUCUGGUGACUCUGGCUCCGGUGUGUCCUUCAAGGCCAUCAUCUUCAUUCCGUCAGAGCUCCCGAACGAGUACUGGCAAAACCCAAUGAUGAGCAGCGCGAGAGACAUUCGAUUAAUGGUCAAGCGUGUGUUCAUCACGUCUGACCUCGGCGAGGACGCGCUGCCCAAAUGGGCCAGCUGGAUCAAGGUUGUCGUUGACGCGGAGGACCUGCCAUUGCACGUGUCGCGCGAGACGCUGCAGUCCACACGCUUCCUCAAGCAACUGCGGUCGAUCGUGCUGAAGCAUCUCCUUGCCAUGCUUACACGGAUGCAAGAGAACGACCCGGAGAAGUGGGCAACGCUGCAGAAGUCCUACGGGAACGUGUUCAAGCUUGGUGCGGUGGAGGACACGAAGAACCGGAGGAACGAGACGUCUUUGGAGCAGAAAGGUCAGAAGCAGGUGGUCGCGCUGUCGUGCAGUCCUCUUUAUGAUGCGAUGCAGAUUUCUACUCGCGGACAUGGGUACACAGCGGAGCAUCUGGCCAAGAGUCUUCUCCUGAUCGAUCCACUCGAUGAGAUCUUCGCCAGAACCUCCGGUGUGGAAGCUGGACUGCGGUUCGGUGACGAAGAGUUGAGCCCCGAGGAAGAGAAGGAGGAGCAGAAAAAACUGACGGAAGAGUACAGCCCCUCCUUACGAGACGUUGUCCGGGAUGUCGUUAUCUCCAACCGACUCGUCGCUAGUUCUUGCGCGAUUGUCGCUGACAUGAUGGGCUACACCGCCAAUGUCGAGAAGAUGAUGAGUGCCUCGCAAGCGAGCGUGCAUAACCCCAUGCGUGACUUUGCGAAGAAGCAGAGGAUUUUGGAGAUCAACGCGAAGUCUCCGCUCGUCCAGGGCCUCUUGCGCCGAGUGGAGCAGCUCCCGAGUGAAGAGGAGAGCCAGUUGAUGGAGGUUGCGUCUGUGCUCAUCGAUGGUGCUUUGGUCCGCUCCGGUUUCGGUGUGCCCGACUCGAAUGAAUUCUUCACGAGAGUGGACCGCAUCCUCAGAAGAUCUCUUGGUGUGUCGGAGACAGCACCUACGGAUACUACAGUGAAGCCGGCACCCCCUGUCGAUUCGGACCCGCUAAACCUUGAAGACCCUGAGUCAAUCGAGUGGCCAGACUACGUCCCGGGCUCUCUCAGGCAGCAAGCGGAGGACUUCAAGCCUGAGGACCAAAUUGUAUGGGAAGCAGAGGAGAUUGAUGAGGAGGGCAAUCCGGUGCUGACGAAGCACGAUGAGCUGUAGAGACAGCUGCUUAUUGUUAUGGAUCUCAAUGGGACUUUCUGCUGGAUAAUAGCAUCAAUGUACCACGUUAUGAAGUCUCUGUUGUCGAAUCGAAGUUAUGUACUAGCUGAGUGGAGUGAUCAUUGGCGACCACGCUCUGACGGUGACCACAACACAUGCAGCCGCAGCCACUGUGAUCGGGACGUGCACC